UGCUGUCUGUGCCUUGGCUUUAAUCCGUAAGGGUCAGUUCUGGGCGAACGCUGCAACGCUUCUCAACAUGCUGCAGGACUGUUUGUUCACAGGCUGACGGCCGGCUCAGGCUCUUGCUGGUUCCCAAUUUAUUUUUGGCGUCCGUCACUUGAAUUUCGCCUUCUCACUAGCAAGCAUCGCGUGAACGUUUUUUUUUUCUUUCUGGGAAAGCAGUUUCGACAAACAUUUAUUAUUGAUAAUCGUCCAUUCAGGAUUUAUAUCUGCAGUUGAUUAAUAAGGAAAAGCGUUUAUAUGUUUUAUUUUUGAAGACAAUGGUUUCUGCGGGACGCCUGGAGUAACAGAUCUUGAUUCUUUAGGCUCCAGGAACCGGUCCUGUAGCGACAGAUAACGCGCGCCCAGAAUGACCAAAGAGGACGAGAUUCCAGACUGGGUCGGAGCGCAGGAGUUCUAUGAUAAAUAUGAACCCAAAGAGAUCCUGGGAAGGGGGGUGAGCAGUGUGGUGAGGCGCUGUGUGGACAAGCGCACCAUGCAGGACUACGCGGUGAAGAUCAUCGACAUCACCCCCUCCGACAAGAUGACCCCUCAGGAGAUCCAAGAGAUCCAAGAGGCCACCAUCAAGGAGAUCGACAUCCUGAAAAAGGUCUACGGACAAAAGAACAUCAUCCAGCUGAAAGACUGCUUUGAGUCCAAGGCCUUCUUUUUCCUUGUGUUUGAUCUGAUGAAGAAGGGGGAGCUGUUCGAUUACCUCACUGAGAUGGUCACGCUGAGCGAGAAGGAGACCAGGAAGAUCAUGCGCUCCCUGCUAGAAGUGGUCCAGUUCCUCCACUCCCAGAACAUCGUUCACAGGGACCUGAAGCCAGAGAACAUCCUGCUGGACGAUGACAUGAACAUCAAGCUGACCGACUUUGGCUUUUCUGUCCAGAUCCAGCCAGGACAGAGGCUCAAUGAGGUAUGCGGGACACCUGGUUAUCUGGCCCCCGAAAUUAUAGAGUGCUCCAUGGACCCCCACCACCCUGGAUAUGGAACUGCAGUCGAUCUGUGGAGCUCAGGUGUGAUCAUGUACACCUUGCUGGCUGGGUCGCCCCCCUUCUGGCAUCGUAAGCAGAUGCUGAUGCUGCGUAUGAUCCUGGCUGGGAACUACCAGUUCUCCUCUCCAGAGUGGGACGACCGUUCCGACACCGUCAAAGACCUGAUCUCCCGGCUGCUGGUGGUGGACCCGGAGACGCGGUACACAGCAACAGAGGCCCUCAACCACCCCUUCUUCCAGCAGUACGUUGUGGCAGAAGUGCGCCACUUUAGCCCCUACAGGAAGUUUAAGGUGAUCUGUAUGACAGUCCUGGCAACCAUGCGCAUUUACUGCAACUACCGGCGCGCCAAGCCCGUCACCAAGGAGGUGAUGAAGAGCGACCCAUACGCAGUGAAGCCCAUUCGCAAGCUGAUCGAUGCCUGCGCCUUCAAGAUCUACGGCCACUGGGUGAAGAAGGGCCAGACGCAGAACCGUGCCGCUCUGUUCGAGAACACGCCCAAGGCCAUCCUGCUCUCCAUCGCCGCCGAGGCGGAGGAGGCUCCACUGAGGAGCUGGUAACCAAGGGGUUAACGGUAGAGCUGGCAGAGGGGAGGCUCUAUGAGCUGUACAGUGGACGGAGCUACCAUGUGCUGCCAGUCACUAACACGUUUGAGCCAAUCAAAAGACUUUGUUCUCUACACGAAAACAUUCUGAUUGGAUCAAACCUGUGAGUUGUUUGUAGCAUAUCGUGGCUCUGGCCAUUUUGAGGUUCAUGAAGCGUCUCUGUCCCGUUACUAGUUUAUGGCCGUACCCCUAAAGGGCUGCUUGGAUUGCUCUCUGAUGCAGUCAGCCCCAUCCCUGGUCCUGUUGGUCUCCCGCCCAGUUUGAUCACCCUAAAUCAGUAGGUUUUUUGACACCUGAAUGGUAUUUAGGUUUUGUGGUUAAAUAACGUAGUAUUUUGCUAAAAUUGCAAAACGGU